CACACACACACACACACACACACACACUAAGAGCUGCUCAAACUGCUACCUGAGACCGAAGAGGUGAGACACACACACACAUACACACACACACACACACACACUAAGAGCUGCUCAAACUACUACCUGAGACCGAAGAGGUGAGACACACACACACACACACACUAAGAGCUGCUCAAACUACUACCUGAGACCGAAGAGGUGAGACACACACACACACACACACACACACACACACACUAAGAGCUGCUCAAACUACUACCUGAGACCGAAGAGGUGAGACACACACACACACACACACACUAAGAGCUGCUCAAACUACUACCUGAGACCGAAGAGGUGAGACACACACACACACACACACACACACACACACACACACACUAUGAGCUGCUCAAACUACUACCUGAGACCGAAGAGGUGAGACACACACACACACACACACUAAGAGCUGCUCAAACUACUACCUGAGACCGAAGAGGUGAGACACACACACACACACACACACACACACACACACACUAAGAGCUGCUCAAACUACUACCUGAGACCGAAGAGGUGAGACACACACACACACACACACACACACACACACACACUAUGAGCUGCUCAAACUACUACCUGAGACCGAAGAGGUGAGACACACACACACACACACACACACACACACACACACACACAAAGAGCUGCUCAAACUACUACCUGAGACCGAAGAGGUGAGACACACACACACACACACACACACACACACACUAAGAGCUGCUCAAACUACUACCUGAGACCGAAGAGGUGAGACACACACACACACACACACACACACACACACACACACUAAGAGCUGCUCAAACUGCUACCUGAGACCGAAGAGGUGAGACACACACACACACACACACACACACACACACACACUAAGAGCUGCUCAAACUGCUACCUGAGACCGAAGAGGUGAGACACACACACACACACACACACACACACACACACACACACACAAUGAGCUGCUCAAACUGCUACCUGAGACCGAAGAGGUGAGACACACACACACACACACACACACACACUAAGAGCUGCUCAAACUACUACCUGAGACCGAAGAGGUGAAGAAACUUCAAGCGUUCCGAGGCGACCCCUCUAAACUCUCAUUGGCCGAUUCCUUCAUGUUCCUGCUCACCCAAGUGCCCAGUUUUGAGGUGCGUAUCAAGGCCAUGGUACUUAGAGAGGUGUUCCCCCCAGCCUGUGAGAACAUGAGUCGCGACAUCGAUGUCCUACGAACCGCCACAAAAGAGCUCCUAGACUGUGAGGAACUUCAUGCCAUCCUACACCUGGUGCUGCAGGCCGGAAACAUCCUCAAUGCUGGUGGUUAUGCUGGUAACGCUGUGGGUUUCAAGCUGUCCUCUCUCCUGUCUCUGGCUGAUACCAAGGCCAAUAAACCUGGCAUGAACCUGCUGCACUUUGUAGCUCUGGAAGCACAGAAGAAGGAUGAUAAACUUCUAGAGUUUCCUGGAAAACUUCAGCAUGUCCAGUAUGCAGCACGGAUAUCAGUGGAGAACGUGGAUGCAGAGUUCCAGUCGCUGUCGUCUCGCACACGCUCAGUGGAGGAGAGCAUCCAGGAAGAGACGGAGCUGCUGCUGCAGCUGGACCACUUCCUACAGAAUUCGACAGCAGCCCUGGCUGAGUUGCAAAGGGAGAGACAGGAGUUGAGGAACGAAGGGAACAUUCUGAUCGACUUCUUCUGCGAAGACAGAGAGUCCUUCAGGCUGGACGAGUGUUUCAAAGUGUUCCAAGACUUCUGCCUGAAAUUCCAGAAAGCAGUCAAGGACAACCUGGAGCGUGAGCUGAAGGAGGCGUCUCAUCGUCGGAUACAGGAGCUCGGGGAGAAACGGCACUCGUGGGCGAGCGGAGAGGAGAUGGGCGGGGUCUUCGGAAUGCGCAGCAGCAGCAGCAGCGAGACGGACAUAGAGGUGGCCCUAUCCCAGGAGGAGGGGCUUAUCGAGCUUCUCAAGUCCCGCCCAUGCUCGCCGCACAGCCCCCAGGUUGCACUGGGGCGUUCCGGAAGCGUCCGCCGUUCUCGCGGCUCAGCGUCGGCCGCGGCUGACCGUCAACUGACUAGCCUGCUAACUCUAGGCAUCACCUCUGACCUUCAGGUCGUAGGGGGGUCACCGAAUCCCGGGCGGCGACUAUGGAGGGGGGCCGAGCAGCGGGAUUCCUCCCCCAUGAGGUCACCUGAAACUGGGCUGAGGAUUCCCAACAUCUCCCCUCUGACCAGACUUCAGACCCAGGGACCUGCGGGUCACACUCAACUCCAGAACCAGCACCCUCAGGUGGACUGGCCUGGUCCCCCCUCUAUACCCACCUCCUUAGGACCGAGGCAUCAACCUCAACCUGGCAUCAACUCACAUCACAGCCCUCAGACAGCAACCAUUGACCACAAACCUAGCACAGACCUGAACCCGACCCCUGACCCUGACAACAACCACAACCAACCCAGUGGUCUGACCGUCAACCUUGAACGACACACUCUGGUUCCUAAGCUCCGGGCGUUCGACCUCGUCUUGACCCCUCACGGUCACGACCAGGGAGAUGUCGUCACCGACACAGACCUGGAGAAGGGGAUUCCCAGAGACUCUAUCCUCACGGAUACACAGGAGAAUUCCCAAGGGCGUUCUGAGGGGUGGCAACAGAGGGAGGAAGAGGUGGAUGAGAAGGGGAGGAUGGUGGCUGCAGGGAUAGUGAAUGAGGAGCCUGCUGUGGGCGACGUAGAGGAGAAGAGGGGAGAACAGGAGGAGGAGAAGAGGGGAGAACAGGAGGAGGAGAAGAGGGGAGAACAGGAGGAGGAGAAGAGGGGAGAACAGGAGGAGGAGAAGGGUGUGUCUAGGAAAGAGACUACAGAUUCUCGUACUGAUCCAUCUCCGUCCACAGCUAUUACAGACCUCUCCUCACACGCACAGAGCGGUGAUAACCCCACGCACGCCGACGAGGCUGAGAGUCCAACACACCAGGUGUCCGCCUCUUCUAUGGGGGAGUACCCAGCCAAUGGCAUGCCUUCAGAAUCUCAACCCACCAAUGAGUACUCAGUGCCUGUUUCCUCCACUGACCAGUCAGUGCCUGUUUCCUCCGAUGAGUCAUCGGUUCCAGCAGUGUCUACCUCCACCAAUGGGCUGCCUGCGUCAGUCACCGCUGGUGCCUCUGAUAGGUCAGCCCAGGGUACGAAUCCCACGACCAGUCAGGUCUCUAAGCCUUCCAGACCCCACUCUGCCACCAACACCAGUGGGCGAAAAACUGUCAUCCGCACCCUCAACUCCUCAGAGAACCAGGGCAUGAGGCGUGUGGUCCCUAUCUUCAAGGCCAGUCGACGUGGCUCGUUACCGGGUAAACAGGUGGAGAAACCCCCUGGUUACCAGAGCUCUGGUCCACGGACCACCACCACCACCACCACCACCUCCUCCUCUAACCCAGCCAACCGCUCUCUUAGACGGGCAGAGAGGAGCUCCGCCACACCCCGUCGCAGUAGCCUCCAGGUCGACGACCCCAAGGCCAAGUCUGUGACCACCACGGGUGUCCACGGCAGUGCCCGAGACCAACCCCAACCUUCCGCCCUCCAGAGGAAGCCGUCCUUCCGAAAGACUCUCCGCCCCGUCGCCCCCAGACCGCCUCCAGAGGAAAAGAUGUGCCGUUCCACCCUCCGAGCCCUCGCCGCCGCCGGUGGGGCUGUUCCAACAGCGGGGGGUGGAGGAGGUAACAGCCUCAGUGCCCCCCCGACCCCCUCCCACCGUGGAGGUGUCUCCAACCCCACCCCCCUCCCUGGAUUUGCCCGAAACACAGCCGCUUCCUCUUUCAGACGGACCACUCUCCCCCCCCCGGGGAGUACCCUCGCCCCCUCUAAAAACUCUCCCCGUUCCUCCCCUGUCCCCUCUCCCGGACUCUCACCCCUCAGCCGGGCGGGGUCGUUGAGACACCACAGGGUGGCCCCCGCGGGCCCCCCAGGCACAGACAACCCCAUCAGGAGAACACAAAGUAUCAAGGGACCCCUGCGUGCCCCGAUCCCCAACCCCCUGCCCCCACAGACCCUCCCUGACUCGCUGGCGCAGCCUAAAGGGCAUGCUGGGAAAAACAGCAGCAGUUUCUCUGAUAAGUCCACCCACCUCAGAGACUCCAGUAAAGCACUGAAACCCACCUGGAGAUAGAGGCCUAGUUCCAAUACCGACAACAUACUUCCUUUACCCUGGCCUAGUUCCAAUACCGACAACAUACUUCCUUUACCCCGGCCUAGUUCCAAUACCGACAACAUACUUCCUUUUCCCCGGCCUAGUUCCAAUACCGACAACAUACUUCCUUUACCCCGGCCUAGUUCCAAUACCGACAACAUACUUCCUUUACCCCGGCCUAGUUCCAAUACCGACAACAUACUUCCUUUUCCCCGGCCUAGUUCCAAUACCGACAACAUACUUCCUUUACCCCGGCCUAGUUCCAAUACCGACAACAUACUUCCUUUACCCCGGCCUAGUUCCAAUACCGACAACAUACUUCCUUUUCCCCGGCCUAGUUCCAAUACCGACAACAUACUUCCUUUACCCCGGCCUAGUUCCAAUACCGACAACAUACUUCCUUUUCCCCGGCCUAGUUCCAAUACCGACAACAUACUUCCUUUACCCCGGCCUAGUUCCAAUACCGACAACAUACUUCCUUUACCCCGGCCUAGUUCCAAUACCGACAACAUACUUCCUUUACCCCGGCCUAGUUCCAAUACCGACAACAUACUUCCUUUUCCCCGGCCUAGUUCCAAUACCGACAACAUACUUCCUUUACCCCGGCCUAGUUCCAAUACCGACAACAUACUUCCUUUUUCCCGGCCUAGUUCCAAUAUUAAAGACAUGUAUCUCUUGUUCCAAUACAAACCACAUGCCACAUUACUUAUGCUAACACCUAUCUUAUAGAUCUACAGGGUUCUCCAGAUCUACAGGGUCGAGUCUUUCAAAAAAAACACAUAGAAAUAGAAUGAAAGGACUUUUUAAAAGAUGUAAAUUAAGUCUAGAUUUGUAUUUGUUUUGUGAUCGUGAUUUAUCUAAUUCUAUAUAAUGUUGUCAUUGUAUGAAAGAAACCUUUUCUACAUCCCAAAUAACCCUCUAUUCACUUUAUAGUGCACUCCUUUAACCAGGGCCCAUAGGGCUAUAGGGCACUAUGUAGGGAAUAGGGGACCAUUUGGGACAGAUCCGUGAGUAAGUUUGAUUCUAGCUGUGUUUUCUGUAAAGCCUGUUCCCAAAUUUGUUUUGUAUUAGCCAACUCCCGUGAUUUAUCAAUCGUCAUGUUCUGGGUCUGUGUUCAUAAUGCCUCUCCUAGUAGGAGAGCUGAUCUAGGAUCAGUUUAGGCUUCAGCCAACCUGUCCGGGGCCUGUAUUUAUAAAGCCUCUGCUGAUCUAGAAUCAGUUCCUCCAUUUUGUAUAUAAUCAUCUAAUUCAUUGGCUGCAUUAAAUCAGGCAGACCGAUUCGGAUAUUUUGCCCAGUCAAAAGACCAAUUAUUGCCAAAUAGAUGAGAAUUGGGCUGCCUGUGUAAAACGCGGCCACCGUGAUCUAAAAGACUAAUCUGAUCCUAGACCAGCUCUCCUACUAGGAGAGGCUUUACGAAUACAGGACCAAGAUAGGUUGGCUGAAGCACAAACUGAUCUGGGACCUGGCUGUGUAUUGUUCUUUGUAUAUUUGAUUAAUGAUACAAUGAAUAAACGUGUACAUUUCAA